AUGUCUGCCGUGCAGCCUGUCGCCGUCUACGCCCUCCGGGUUCCUCCCGGUGCUAUGGUUCCUGCUGUGCCCAACGCAGCCGCCUCGUUCCGUGUUAGUAUGGCCGCUAUUGACCCGGAUGAGACCCCAGAGUACGAGGAUGGCGACUCCAGCAAGCCCUCGCGCGCGACUCUGAAGAUCGUCCGUGUUCCCGCCGGCCUUGACCUUGAAGAAGAUGAGGACUCUGAUGAUGAGGACUACAGUGACGAGGACGAUGAGGAGGAGGAGGAGGACUCUGAUGAUGAGGAGGUCAACGGCGGCCCCAGCGACAAGGAGAAGGCUCGCAAGCUGAAGCAAGCCGCCGCCCAGAAGGAGCUUGAGGACGCCAUGGAGGAUGACGACGAGGACGAUGAGGAUGACAGUGGCUUUGACCUGAAGGCCGCCAUCUCCAAGCUUAUCAAGGGCAAGGGCCCGGCUACCGACGAUGACGACGAAUCCGAUGACGAGUCCGACGAGGGUCUGGACCUCGACGAGAACGUCAUCUGUACUCUGAGCCCCGAGAAGAACUGCCAGCAGGCCCUGGACUUCACUGUCUGCGAGGGUGAGCGCGUUUUCUUCAAGGCUACCGGUAACCACACCAUCUACAUCACCGGUAACUACGUCAUUGGCCUCGACGAAGGCCACCCUGAUCACGAAGAAGAUGAGGAGGAUGAGUAUGACGAUGAAUAUGAUCUGUCUCCCGACGAGGAGGAGCUUGACAUGGAUGAGCUCAUGGCCAUGGACGGCGACGAGAGCGACGACCUGGAUGAGAUGGAGGAUCCCCGUAUCACCGAGGUCGACAGUGACGAGGAGGCCCCCAAGCUAGUUGAGGCCAAGGGUAAGGGCAAGAACAAGCGUGCUGCUGAGCCUGAAGAGGAGAACCUUGACGAGAUGAUGGCGAAGAGCGCCAAGUCCAAGGCCGACAACAAGGAGAAGGCCCAGCAGAAGAAGCUCAAGAAGAAUGACGGUGCCGCCGCUGCCGUUGAGCCCAAGAAGGAGGCCAAGACCGACAAAAAAGUCCAGUUCGCCAAGAACCUCGAGCAGGGCCCUACUCCCUCUGGCGACAAGCCCACUGGUACCCUUGGCGUCAAGGAGGUCCGUGGCGUGAAGAUUGACGACAAGAAGCUCGGCAAGGGUGUCGCCGCCAAGAGUGGCAACGUCGUCGCCAUGCGCUAUAUUGGUAAGCUCGAGGACGGUAAGGUCUUUGACUCCAACAAGAAGGGCAAGCCUUUUUCCUUCAAGCUGGGAAAGGGCGAGGUCAUCAAGGGCUGGGACAUCGGUGUUGCCGGCAUGGCUCCCGGUGGUGAGCGUCGCAUCACCAUUCCUGCCCAUCUAGCUUACGGCAAGAAGGCGCUCCCUGGUAUCCCCGCCAACUCCAAGCUGAUCUUCGAUGUCAAGCUGCUGGAGAUCAAAUAG